AGAAGCUGCGGGAGAAAGUUCACCUGGAACCGGAUCGAGCUGAGUCCCUGGACCAGAAGCAGGAAUGGAGCCCUCCAAGCAGACCCAGCACGGCUCCGGCGAGCAGGAGGAGGCGGGGAACGGCGGCCCGGUGCCCAACGGGCACGUCGACGGGCUGGUGAAGCGGCCGGCCCCCGGUGGCACCGCGCGCUCCUCCGGUGGCACCGCGCGCUCCCCCGGCGGUGCGAAGGCUCCGGGCGCGGAGAGCUGGCGGGAGGAGCGCACCCGCAGUGUGGAGGACAACGAGACGAGUCUCCCGGCCCUGGCCGCCGCUUACACCACCAUCCUGAGGGGGCUGGGUGAGGACCCGCAACGCCAGGGUCUCCUGAAGACCCCCUGGAGAGCCGCCACCGCCAUGCAGUUCUUCACCAAGGGCUACCAGGAGAAAAUUAUAGACGUGUUGAACGACGCCAUCUUCGACGAAGACCACGACGAGAUGGUGAUCGUCAAAGACAUCGACAUGUUCUCCAUGUGUGAGCAUCACCUGGUGCCCAUCUUCGGCAGGGUUCACAUCGGUUACCUCCCCAACAAGAGAGUCCUCGGCCUCAGCAAGCUGGCCAGGAUUGUUGAAAUCUACAGUCGGCGACUUCAAGUUCAGGAGAGGUUGACCAAACAGAUCGCCGUGGCAAUCACCGAGGCCCUGCAGCCGACCGGGGUCGGCGUCGUCAUCGAGGCAACUCACAUGUGCAUGGUGAUGCGCGGCGUUCAGAAGAUGAACAGUAAAACCGUCACCAGCACCAUGUUGGGAGUUUUCAGAGAAGAUCCAAAAACCAGAGACGAGUUUCUGACGCUGAUCCGGAGCUGAGGAGGAUGAAGCUCCUCCUCCUCUUCCUCCUCCUGUUGCCUGGGUUACCUCCACCUGCACGGACCAGCCAUCCUGCUAAAUGUGUGUGUGUGUGCGUUUGCGUGUGCGUGUGCGUGUGCGUGUGCGUGUGCGUGUGCGUGUGCGUGUGUCUCCACUGGUUUUACACGGUCAGAUCUGGUCAAACGAUUCUGGACAGUUUGUCUGAGGUUGAGGACUUGUUGUUUACUUUCAGGCCACAGGACUUUAGCCCUUUUGUGCAUGUGUGUCGUGUUUGUGGGUUUGUGUGUGUGUCUGUGUGCGUCAAUCAGUUAUCAACCUUGUAACAAACCAAGCAGAAAAAUCCACCAUGAAGGUCACAUCAGGUCAGGGACGCUGGUCAGUUUGUGUAAAGACUAAAUCGUCUCUGAGAUUAUUUUUUCAUUUACAGCAAACUGCAGCAAACACACAUUAAAAUGAACUUUUGUUUAAAUGCAAAUUAACUUAAAAAAAUCUAAAAUCAACAAAUAAUUCAUCGGCUUAAUGAUUUGUUUUGUUUCAAAUUCAAAGUCUUUCAGUUUUCCGAUAUUUAACAGAUCAAAUGACAAAUCGCCUCGUUGAACAGAAAGAACUUAAAGAUGAGUCGAUGAUUUUAACCGUUAACGUCAGGGAUUUGUUUCAGAAACGCGUUCAGACAGUCAUCAAUUAAUAAAGUUUUGUCGAAAAAACGUAGACGACUAAACGACUUGUUUAGAUCUUAAACAAAGAUGGACGACGCGUCUCCACUUCCUCCAGAAAUGAAGCCAAAACAUAUCAGAAGAUGAAUGUCGCCAUUUUGCAGCGAUGACGUCACUUGCAGUCGGAGUCGGUGCAAUUGUGAUAGUGAGAGUGGAGCCGUGGUAACGAUUCCCGCCCAUACAUGCUCUUAACCAAUCAGGAGUCAGCCUCAGCUGUCAAUCAUGACGUCUCAGCCAUUUUGGAUAAACCUUUAUUGGACUUUUUAGUUGGGUCCCAUCUGCGAACAUGGAGGAGACAGUGUUUAUGAGCUGUGCUGCGGCCAACCACCAGGGGGUGACCUCUUGGGAGCCGUCAUGUCGUCCAUCUUGAUUUUCAGUCUGUGGUUAAACAUCAGUUGAUCUAAAACUCAAAGUUUAUCUCCAAAUCAAAAGAUUUUAACAUCACAGCACGUUUGGAGGAAAAUGAGCUAAAAGCAGCUUCAUCUGAAAACGACACUAGAUGUUUGUGUUGUGAUGAUGAAACAUGUUGAUGUCAUCAUCUCCGUCCUGUGUGAAGAUCUUUGUCAUCCAGAUUCCACGAGAGGAAAAUGAAAAGUGUAAAAUUAAAAUUAAAUUGUGUGUUUGUUUUCUUCUUUCCAGUUGUCGUCCCAGCAGAGGAACAAUGUUGAAAUGUGUGUGUGUUUUUGUGUUUUUUUUAAUCUCAAUGUCCCCACACAGAUUUUGGGAGGUUUUAACUGGAGUUGUGCGAGUGUGUGUGUUUGUGUGUCUGAGGGAAGAUGUUGUCGUGUCCGUGGCCUUGUUGUGAAGGUCGGCCUGUUUCUUUGGCCCCUUCACCAUCAUUGUCACUUUAUGUACUGUGUUGAUUUCAAAGACUUUUUAAUCAAAGAAAAUAAAUUUACUGUCUUUGA